GCAUCCGAGAGAGAAGUCAUCUGGGUGAUUCGUCUGGCAAUCUUUGGCGUUGGAGCACUGGCUACGAUUAUGGCACUCAAAAUUCAAUCCAUUUACGCUCUAUGGUACCUUUGCUCUGACCUCAUCUAUGCCAUCCUAUUCCCUCAACUCUGCUGCGUGAUCUAUGUCCAGGAUGUGAACACGUAUGGUGCGUUGCUGGGGUACAUUAUGGCUGUGAUACUCAGAGUCGGUGGAGGCGAGCCAGUGAUAAAGCUGGAUCCGUUCAUUAAAUAUCCAUAUUACAAUGAGACCGAUGGACAAUUAUUCCCAUUUCGAACAUUCGCUAUGCUGUGCUCAUUUGCGACCAUUAUUUUGGUGUCGUAUGCAACAAAGUUUUUGUUUGAGUAUAAACGGGUACCAAAGAGAUGGGAUGUUUUUCAAUGUUUCCCCAAUGAAGAGGAUUUCCAUACGGUUGAUCUGCCCUCGAAGGAUGGCGUCAAGCUGGUUGGAGUUACUAAAGUGUGA